UCCACGAUCCACACGUUAACAUGCAACUCGGUCUCUGGUUUGGCAUUUUGGCCAUUGCCGCCGGCUCAUCGCUGGUGAGUGGCAACUAUGGUCCCGGUGGUGGCGGCGGUGGACCCGGCCAGUAUCUGCCCGGCGGUCCCCAAGGACUGGACGAGUACGUGAAUGUGGCCACUGGCGGUAACCAGCCGGCUGCCAAUCAGAUCGCCUCUCAGGCCGAGAUCCAGCCCACUCCCGAGGAGGCCCGUCGGCUGGGACGCGUCCAGGCCCAACUCCAGGCCCUCAACGCCGAUCCCACCUACCAGAAGCUGAAGAACUCCGAGGAUAUUGCCGAGUCUCUCGCCGAGACCAACCUGGCCAGCAACAUCCGCCAGGGCAAGAUCAAGGUGGUGUCCCCCCAGUUCGUUGACCAGCAUCUGUUCCGUUCCCUGUUGGUGCCCUCCGGCCACAACAACCACCAGGUGAUCGCCACCCAGCCCCUGCCUCCAAUCAUCGUCCACCAGCCGGGCGCACCCCCAGCCCAUGUGAACAGCGGUCCCCCGACCGUGGUCCGUGGCAACCCGGUGAUCUACAAGAUCAAGCCUUCGGUCAUCUACCAGCAGGAGGUGAUCAACAAGGUGCCCACUCCCCUGAGCCUCAACCCCGUCUACGUGAAGGUCUACAAGCCCGGCAAGAAGAUCGAGGCUCCUCUCGCCCCGGUGGUCGCUCCCGUUUACAGCCAGCCCCACCAGAGCUACGGAAACGCCGGAGCUGCUUCCGCCGCGGGAGCUGCCUCCUCCGCCGAUGGCUACUCCGCCGGCAACGAGGCUCCUCUGUACGCCAGUCCCGCCCCCUACGGUCAGCCCAACUACUAAGUGGGUUGCAGGGAUCCUUCCCAGAUCCUAAAUGCCGCGUUACUGGGGUUUGACCCUGGUCCGGUUUAAUUUAAUUUAUUU